AAUUUCUCCAUUCAUCACACCGGUGCUGCGUUCCAGUGGUCUCCAGCCUUCCCAGCAACAAACAUGGCGGCCACCAUAUCUCGAUCCCCUAUCAUCCCGCCUCAUAACCACCCUAUCACCUCCACUUCUAUUCAAAAGCUCCCAUCCCAACUCAAAUUCCGGCGAUUUCCCAUUUCACUCUCCGCCUCCACAUCAUCCUCCAUUCAAGGAGGCACCGGCGAAGGAAAAAGCACUUCUCUUCCAAGGCCUCUAACGUCUACCGAUCUGACUGGAAUACCAUCUGAGGGUUCUCGAAUUCGCGUUGCUUAUCAGGGUGUUCCUGGGGCUUAUAGUGAAUCUGCUGCAGAAAAAGCUUACCCUAACUGUGAAGCAGUUCCUUGUGAACAAUUUGAGACAGCAUUCGAGGCUGUUGAGAGGUGGCUAGUGGAUCGAGCAGUUUUACCCAUUGAAAAUUCCUUAGGUGGAAGCAUUCAUAGGAAUUAUGAUCUCUUACUUAGACACAGAUUGCACAUUGUUGGUGAAGUCAAACUUGCUAUUCGCCAUUGUUUGCUUGCUAAUCAUGGUGUUAAAAUUGAAGAUCUCAAAAGGGUUCUUAGCCAUCCUCAGGCUCUUGCACAAUGUGAGAACACAUUAACAAGAUUAGGGAUAGUUAGAGAAGCUGUGGAUGAUACUGCUGGGGCUGCAAAGCAUGUUGCUCUACAUGAACUUGAAGAUACUGGGGCAGUAGCUAGUGCUGCUGCUGCCAAGAUUUAUGGAUUGAAUCUGCUUGUUCAAGAUAUUCAGGAUUAUUCUGAUAAUGUGACUCGAUUCUUAAUGUUGGCAAGGGAACCUAUAAUUCCACGUACUGAUAGACCAUUCAAGACAAGUAUCGUCUUCUCACUUGACGAGGGUCCCGGGAUGCUUUUCAAGGCACUUGCAGUGUUUGCUAUGAGACAAAUUAAUCUCACCAAGAUUGAAAGCCGCCCUCUUCAGAGACGUGCUUUACCUACACAUACCGAAAGCACCAAUGGAUUCCCAGGGUCUUUCCCUUACCUUUUCUAUGUUGACUUCCAAGCAUCCAUGGCAGACCAAAGAGCCCAAAAUGCUCUUUCGCAUCUUAAGGAGUUUGCUACUUUCUUGAGUGUGCUAGGAAGUUACCCUGAAGAUGUCACCAUAUGACACUUUCCUAGAAUUUUGGUUGAUAAGAGUUUACAUAUCUUAUCAUACUUUUUGACAACAUGUUGAAUGACAUCGCCUUUUAUUUUUUGUUUUGUUGAAUUAAUAUAUUUUGUAAAUAUUUUCCAAAAUAAUCAUUUUACCCUUUUAAAGUUUUUGUUUUGGCCCACAAAGUAGGGUUUCUGGUAACAUUUUUUUGACUAUUUGUAUUG